AUGUUAAAAGGUUCUACUUCCGCUUCAUAUUUUCCUGACGAAUUUUUGGCGGGAGUAUGCACAGCAUUAUCAACUCCCUCAGAUCUUGAAGCGUUGAAACAAAUGUUCACUCCAAGACUAUAUGAUCGUUUUGUCACUGAACUUGAAAAAAUAUCAUCCGAAAAAUCAUCCAUAACAAUUGAAAUAUCUAAAAUUUACAAUUCUAAAAUUCAUGAUAUUUGGGUGAAUGUAGGAUCUCAAAGAGCAACUCAAAAAAGAUUUAGUGAUGAUAAAGAAAUCCAAAGAAAUUAUCUUAUAAUUCAUUGGAUGACAAUUAGAAUAGGUAUUCAACGAGGGGAUGAAAAAGAAUCAUAUGCUGAACGUAAAGCAAAAGUAUCCAAAGCAUUUUCUGACGGUAUUGGUUUUAAAGUGGAUGUAAAUUUUGAUGCAGAUAUUAUUUAUUCAUUGAAAUCUUCGGAAAAUCAACAAUUAAUUUAUGAUCAAGUUAGAAGACCUUUAAUUGUUAGAUUUGAAAGUCCUUAUUUUGAACCAUCUAAUAAAAUUUUUAAAAAAAUUACUUCUAAUGAGGCUGGUAAUGAAGAAGAGGAUUCAGUAAUGAAUUGGAAUUGGCAAGUUGGAGAUAUUGAUUAUUUGUUAGAAAAAGAAGAUUUAGAAAGUGAAGAAAAAUUAGAAACUUAA